AUGAGAGCGUCGCUUCUCUGGCCCGUGGCCGCUGCUGGGCUGACCGCCGCCGUCCGCGAGAGAAUGGCUGCUUUCGCCAACGACCUCAUCCCGCGGUUCUGGAUGGACCCGGCGAUUCCUCUGCUCGGACGACAAGAGGGCUGCAGCUACGACACCCACCAUUACUGCGACGACAUUGGGCAUGGUAAUGUCUGCUGUCCCAACAACAAAUACUGCUACAUCAACAAGAGCAAUGAACCCAAGUGUUGUGACAUCGGCUCCAACUGCACCUUAGACUCGAUAUGCAACAGCCUCUCCUACUACUGCGCCAGACCUGAGACCGUCUCCGGCACGGUCACGACCAAGAACGGCUGCUGUGGCCGCACAUGCCCCUCGACCAGCCUCUUCCUCUGCCCCCAGGCUAAUGGCGGCAACUGCUGCCCGUACGGCUCCCAGUGCGACGGGGGGAACUGCAAGGCCGUCGUGACGGCAUCCUCCACCGCCCUCCUGACGCCCAUCCAGGAGGGCUGCACCACCUCCCAGUACCGGUGCCCCGACGGCCACGGCUGCUGCGACAACAACCAGGUCUGCACCUUGGUCAGCAACGAGGGCUACUGCGUCCCGGGGAUCCCCACGCAGACCGACAUCGAGUACAUCGGCACCGACCCCAGCGCCGACAAGCUCUCCCAGGGCGCCAUCGCCGGCAUCGCGGUCGGCGCCGUCGUCGCCGUCGCCCUCGUCAUCGGCCUCGUCACCUGGUUCUGCAUCCGCAAGAAGAAGGAGCGCCGCGCUCUCUCCCGCCGCCAGACCGCCAGCGAGGCCGCCCAGACAGAGGACCAGACACACGUGGGCAGCAUGGCCGAGCCCACGCCCUCGGCCAGCCGCGGGCCGGGACUCACCCAGGACUACUUCGGCCCUCAUCCC